AUGAAUAAUAAUUUUAAGGUUAUCGCAAAUAAUGCUUUCGCCGCUGAUAAUUUAAUAACGUUUUUAAAAAAUUUAAAAGGGCCUAAAAAGGUGAAAUACGUUAAAUUUUUUUGGAAGGAAAAAAUGUUCGAUCGGGAAAUUAUCCAAAUAAAUUAUACCAUUUUGCUAAGGUUUUGGAAGCGUUUGGAAGAUUUCGACUUUUUUAAAAGGAAUUUUCGCAUCCGCGCCUACCGUGACCAAUAUGCCAAUUUUAAAGAUAAUUGUUUUUUAAAGGUUCAAAAGCAGUGCGUUAUUAACGGUGCUGCAAACUGGGAACGCCAUGUUAUUACGUUUUAUAGCAAAUACAAUAUUUUACAAUAA